GCGAUUUGGUGUUGGAAGAAUUUGAGGGGCAGAAUUCGAAAACGCGACAGCAGAGGCUCGAGCAGGAGGCGGAAGUCGUGGAGAGGAUCAGGUAUUCAUGUGCAUUUUUUUUUUUUUUGCGAUUUUUUCGCAUGACAAACGCAAAUCGCAGAUCGAGUGUAUUUGUAUUUGCGCAUGACAAAUUUCAAUAUCACUGAUUGCACGCGUUCGGCAUCCGACGCUUGACAAGAGAUUUCUUCACAGGUCGCUUUUCGGACUGCCGGAGGAUCAGGAAAGCAUGCAGCUCCACCAAGCAGAAAUGAACGGUUUUGGAAUUCGGGUGAUGAAGCAGAAAGUGCAGCUUGACCAGGACAGUCUCAAAAAUCCGGACCGCAAGGCCAACGGCGCGGAUGAACAACAACGCAGGGACCACCUCCACGUCGACAAAAAAAGCGACUCCGAAGGUGUAGAUGAAGAUGACGAGGAGAAAAAUUUCCUCACUCUCCCCGACGAUUUGGAAGAAUCCAGAAAUUACGGCAAGUUAUUUCAACAAAAGAUGAACAGAAACCGAAAUUGGCUGAUCAUUUGUGGCGAUACCGGCACCGGGAAAACCAGAUUGGCUUUCUGCAUCGCGCAUCUUUUGAAAUUACACGUCUUCCAGUUCGGGAGCUCCGACAUCACGCGGCCGGCGCUGGGGGACACAGAAUCGGAAUUGCGGAAAGUGUUGCGAACUGCGAAAAGAGCGGGGAGGUCGAUCGUGAUCUGGAAAAAUGCGGAUGUGAAGUACGCGAGAAUGUUGCUGGAACGGGAGAAACGGGAGAAGGAAGAAGAGCAGGAACAACAGGUCAUGGGGUCAGGUGGAGGCGCUACAACAACAUAUUACCCCAGUAGUGCAACUACCGGCAAAAAGGUCUUUUCAACAACAUCUACUAGUACUACAUCACAUGGUCCACCUGGUUCAGCACAUGCACAACAUCGAGGACAGCAAGAAGUUCCGCCCUCCUCUUUCCAAACCGAGUCCCGGCUGGGGGUGAUGAUUCAACAGGAACUUCUGGACUGUUCCCAUAACCACAACGUAUUAUUACUGCUUUUAGUCGCCACUCCGGCGGACCAGGAGGAGAAGCGGUCGCGGAAAAUUGCGGAACUCAUUCAGCAACAACUGGGCGAGAACGCCAAUGUAGAGACUUUGGCUAUAGACCACUCGAGUUACGGCACCUUUAUCAACAGCAGCAGUCCACCGGCGCAUCAGCAGGAGGAGGGCCUUUCUACCCGCGGCGGCGGUCAUGGUGUCUCAUUGGGCGGCGAGGUCGUGCCUGAAUGCGGCGAGGCGUUCCAGCAAGAGCAACCCGUUUCGCGUACAACUUCUAGUGCAUCUUCAGCAUCAGCAGGACCACGACCAGGAGCCUCCGCAGCUACCUUACCCUCCGCUGCGAAGAAGAAGAGGAAGAAGAACAAAAAGAAAGAGGUCGACGAGUCCGGAGAACAUCAAAGAGCCCUUGGUGCCAACCUUCAG